GAAGCUCUAUCAACUUGAUUCUUUCGUUUCGGUUAAGAGAAAUAGACGAUAUAGAAACGGGGGUGUAUGUGGAUGAGGCGAAUGCGAGCAGGAGCUAACUCUAUGUUUCUCAUGAAACCUCCAACGCUCUCUGCGUCUGCUGAAAUAACAAUCACAACUCCAUGUCAUUAUUUUCGUCCUCCCUUUUCCCCAUCCUUAAAAUCUCCACCUGUUACUUUUCUUUCCAUUUUCUCUCCCACUAGUCGCCCCCUUUCUACUUCUGCUCGUUCUGCACCGAAUUCUGUAAUUUCCUUUGAUGAGUCUUGCUCGGAUGCGGGAAACUGUGUUGACGGGAAUGUUUUUCCACAAAAGAAGGGUUCGAAGGUGCUUCUUAAGGGAAUGAGAUACACUGAGCUUCAACAAUGGGUUCAGUCAUAUGGGUUCAGAUCAGGUCAGGCUUUAAUGUUGUGGAAGCGCCUUUAUGGGAACAACAUCUGGGCACAUUGUAUUGACGAGAUGGAAGGUUUGAACAAGGAUUUCAAGAAAAUGUUGAGUGAACAUGCUGAAUUCAAGGCAUUAUCUUUGAAAGACAUUUUCACAGCAUCUGAUGGAACUAAGAAGAUUUUAUUUGUGCUGGAUGAUGGAUUGGUGAUAGAAACAGUGAUCAUUCCAUGUGAUAGAGGUAGAACGACUGUCUGUGUUUCAAGUCAGGUGGGAUGUGCCAUGAACUGUCAGUUCUGCUACACUGGCAGGAUGGGUUUGAAGAGACAUCUGACCACAGCUGAGAUAGUAGAGCAGGCUGUAUUUGCACGGCGCCUGCUCUCAAAUGAAGUUGGUUCAAUUUCUAAUGUUGUAUUUAUGGGAAUGGGAGAGCCACUUCACAAUGUUGAAAAUGUCAUAAAAGCAUCCGACAUUAUGGUACAUGAGCAGGGCCUUCACUUCAGUCCUCGCAAGGUCACUGUUUCUACAAGUGGGCUUGUCCCCCAGCUGAAACGAUUUCUCCAUGAGUCCAAUUGUGCCUUGGCUGUUAGUUUGAAUGCUACAACUGAUGAGGUCAGAAACUGGAUCAUGCCAAUUAAUCGAAAGUAUAAACUCGGGUUGCUUCUUGAGACCCUUCGGGAGGAACUACGUUAUAAACAUAAUUACAAAGUUUUGUUUGAAUAUGUAAUGCUUGCAGGAGUUAACGACAGCUUGGAUGAUGCAAAGAGGCUUAUUGAUCUAGUUCAGGGCAUUCCUUGUAAAAUCAACCUCAUUUCAUUCAAUCCUCAUUCUGGAUCACAGUUUAGGCCAACCAGUUAUGAGAAGAUGAUUGAGUUUCGAAAUGUUCUUGCUGAGGCAGGGUGCAUUGUUUUCUUGCGACUCAGUCGAGGUGAUGAUCAGAUGGCUGCAUGUGGUCAGCUGGGAAAGCCUGGUGUAAUACAGGCCCCUCUACUCCGUGUUCCCGAACAAUUUCAAACGGCUUUAAACACAUCUUUAUGAUUUAUGAUCACCUAAGACAGACUAUGUCAAAUUUGAGACACAAGCAUUUCAUUUGAACCAGAAGACGUGUAAAUCUUUUUCGGAUUUUAUAUAAUUAAGUUAAAAUUGGAUGGA